UAACGUCCUUGGUCUACGGGGCAGCUGGACAGAUGGGUAUCACUGUGGUUCGACCGGCUUCCAUAGCACCAAUCAGCGUCGACCAACAUGUCCUACAAUAAUUACGGGUCUUCAUCUGAAGGAACCAACAUUUGCAUGUGAAUAUGACGCCUCCGGGCAUGUCACUCAUCGCGACUCGUCCUGCGUGAUUUACCAGUAUCGUCCAUACCCACUGACCCGUCGUAGAUAGUCAGAUAAAACGUGUGGUCAAACCGUCAACCCUUUUUUUUCAUAAAUCAUCGCAAACUCUGACGUCUUUAGGCUGCUCUCCAAAUCACAGUGACCCAACCAGGUAACAAAGAGAUUAGGUUCCAAUCAGAGACGAUAACUAUCCCCCUCUCCAACGUCUGUUCGGAUUUAACCGCCGCGUUAGUGCCCGAGAAACUGGCACCUACAUGUAGGGCGGCAAACACAAGAGUUUAAUCCAGAGGGUUAAUAGAAGACUGUGACAGGCUCAUCGUUCAGCCCGGAACAAAAGAGAUGGAACUUAGAAAUCUUUUCGGCGUGAAGGACUCGGAAAAACACGUCUCCACAGCACGUCCUAAUAUCGACUUGCGCCGUGUCGACCUCGUCAUUCAUCUCGACACUGGAUACAACUCUUCUGACAUGUCUGAUUCUUCGACUGGGCCUGAUGACAAGGCCGAAGAAUGGGAUCCUUGGGAUUUACCUGUGUUUUCUAAGGUUCCUGGUGCAAUGGAACUGAGGGAUACUCUAAAAGAAAUGACAACCGAGCUGGUUCGCGACCGGUUGUUUGCCAGUGACGACGGCAAAAACGACGUCAACAAGAACGUUUUAAGUGCGAAGAAAUUGAAGUCCUGCAGCAAAAGCGACAUUGCGACAAACAGAGAUGAAGACCACAACAGGGAACGUUUUCCAAUUCGCUCCAUCUCGGUGAUCCAACCUAAGAACUGGCCACAUUUUCUCGACAAAGGCAAAAAAGCCUCAAUCAGAAUCAAGAACAUGUCCAGGAAGCUGUGCUAUACGUUGCAGCAGCGCUACCUGGCGACUCUACACAGGAACUGCAGUACUCGUGUAGAGUCGAGCAUACUGAAUCACACCCAGAUCCAUGAGCUGUGGUGCUGGCUACCCCAGAGGUUCUCCCUGUAUGAGCCUCGUGUUGUCUACUCCAGCAGCGAGGACGGCUACCACCUGCGCAACCUGUACCAGAAGUGCGCCGACAAUCAGCCGCUGGUGCUCGUCAUCAAGACCAAAAAUGAUGAGAUAUUUGGCGCCUUCAUCACAGAAAGCUUUGACUACCAGUCAACUGGCAGAACCAAAAUAAGCCGAUCGUACUUCGGUACAGGGGAGAUGUUCCUGUUCUCCCUGACCCCGGUGCCGGUGAGGUACCCCUGGGUGGGGGUGACAGACGGCAGAGACCUCAGCCCCUCCCAGAGCAUGUUCAUCUCUGCAGACUGCACAAGUUUGGUCAUCGGAGGGGGUGAUGGGAACGGCAUAUUUCUGGACCAAGACAUGAACCGAGGUAACACCAAGAGAUGCAGGACCUUCAACAAUGAACCCCUGUGUGAUAGUGGGGACUUCCAAUGUCUGUCUGUUGAGGUGUUCGGGAUACAGAGAGACGAGCCAUUCCACUGUAAGUGUUUGGGCGGUUGAUAGAAUUCUCCAAAAAAAGGAACAAUAGUCAUAAGAAUGAAGUUGUCCAUCAUCCACAAUGUCACCCUUUUCUACACGAGUUUCAUCUAGGUAUUGAUAGAAAAUAUUGCUUUGAAUACAAACAUGUUUUUGUGGGCCAAUGUUUAGUGUGCAUUGUGAAGUAACAUUACAUAUGCAAAUUGAUGAUUCUCAGUGCUCAUUUCUCCCUAUUAUAUAAUCUUGACAAGUUCACUUAUUUGGUCACAAUUUAUUUUCGUACCACCAAUCUUUCUGUAAAUGGGGUCCUUGUAUGGAGAAUUCCUUUUAUUUUAAUGUGCUAAGAACAAUCAUGUAACGUUAUAUGUUAUAAGCCAGGCUUAAGAAUGCUAAGUGGGUUUCUCACUGGGCUGAGGCAUGUUGGAUGUAUAGGGUAAACAUGUAAUGUUAAACUUACAUAGCAACUACAUGAAGUCUGUUCUUAAUGUAUCUAUGUUAAUCUAUUAAAUGGAUUUGUUUUAAAAAGUAAUAUACGUUAUUAUCUAGUAUGUGUUUUCCCAACAGAAGUACAGGGUAAAAUUUCAAACUGUUGAUGUUGAACUUACAUUGCAACUUGAACAGAUCACUACUUUAUUCAAGUAAUGAUAAAAGUUAUAAUGUUACAUUUUGUACUAUCAAAUUGUACAACUUCUCAUUUAUUAUUAUCUAGUAUGUGUUUUUCUAACCGAAGUACAGGGUAAAAUUCAAAACAGGUACUGUUUAAUCUACAUACUAUAAGUACCUUUUGUACAGAUCCCUUCUCUUUCUUCAUGUAAUGAUUAAUGUCAAACUAUUAAAUAGAUUUGUCGAAUGUUUCAUUGGUUACCUUCUGGUAUGUAUUAUCCUAACUGAAGUACAGGGUUAAAUUUUUUAAACAGGUGAUGUUGAACUUACAUAGCAACUUAGGUAACGUUACAGAUCACUACUUUCUUCAUGUAAUGAUUAAUGCUAUACUAUCAAAUACUGGUAGAUUUCCAGAACUUCUCAUUCAUUAUUAUCUAGAACAUUGUGCUUUUCUAACCGGAGUACAGGGUAACAUUUAUUUUGAUUAUUUGAACUACGUAUACUAUCAAAUAGAUUUGUUAAACUUGCCAUGAUGUUACCUUCAUGUCAUUUUCUUGUGCAGGAUGUGUUGUCCAAAAUACUGGGUAAAAUCUAAAACAUAUAACGCAAGUUCACCUUUAUCUGCAGGGUAAUCUACAUGUAUAUCUGUUGUUUUCAAAAGCAAGGUAUUUACAACUAUCAUGCCGACGAAAUGUGAGUUUACACUGCUAUAAUUUGAAAAUAAUACAAUUUGAAACAACCGUCCAUCAACUUGAUAUACUUAAAUGUGCUGUUUUGACAAACAAUGGAUGUAGGUUACCCCAGGACAAAGGUGUACUAGCAUUAUGUAGGUUAUGUUGGAUACAUCAAGUAACUUUCAUAUGCCUGCACUUUCUUCAUGUUUAAGUCAAUGUUUAACUAUUGAAUAAAUGUGACUUUAAUA